UGCAAGUAGCAACAUAGAGAAUGAAACCAAGUGGGUGGGGUGUGUGGGGACAUGGACGGUCCCUGAUAAAUACUAUACUCACUCCGUUGAUAGAUAGAUAGAUAGUGAAAGCAUACAAUCCAUUGCCAUUGCCAUUGCCAUUGCCAUUGCCAGCGGACAAUUUAACGUGUCUCCCACCGAAUCUAAAUCAAUCAAAUUAUAUAUUCUAAAUUCUCAUUUUAUUAUUAUCAUCACAAUCACAAUUUCAAAAUUAACACCCAAUAAUGGCGUCGUCACUACCACACUUAGACGACGAUUCCGUCUCCCCUUCCCCCCGCUCCGAUCACUUCCACGACGCAUCUCCACGUGUCCGCUUCAUGUGCAGUUUCGGCGGUAAAAUCCUCCCUCGUCCCUCCGACAAUCAGCUCCGUUACGUCGGCGGCGACACCCGAAUCGUCGCCGUUAACCGUUCCAUUUCAUUCUCCGCUCUUGUCCAUAAACUCUCUAAACUCUCCGGCAUGACCAACAUAACAGCAAAGUACCAACUUCCAAAUGAAGACUUAGACGCGUUGAUUACAGUAACAACAGACGAAGAUGUAGAUAACAUGAUAGACGAAUACGACCGCGUUUCACAGAAUGAAAACCCACGUGCGGCUCGGCUAAGACUUUUUCUUUUCCCAGAAGGUGAAGAUUCUCGAACCAAUAGUAUUAGCUCACUCUUAAACGGCUCAACUAAAAGAGAAAAUUGGUUUAUGGAUGCUUUAAACGGUGGCGUUUCGGGACUUGAACGAGGUCGUUCAGAAGCUUCUUCUAUGGUUUCUGAAGUACCCGAUUAUUUAUUCGGGUUGGAUAAUAACUCUGAAGAAACUCAACAACAGAAUAAUCGAGAAUUAUUACGACCUAAAGAACGAAACGUUCUUCAACAAUUAGAUAAUGUUUCGAAUUCGGAUCCGGGUUCUCCUGCUCCGGUUGUUUCUUCUCCGUUUUGUUCUACUUCAUCUGCGUCUAUACCGAAUCUUCCACCGGUUAAAACUAAACCCGAAAACCCGGUUUAUGAACCGGAUUUUAAAACAAGUCAAAUUGAAACUGAAACGGUUUUGCAACCACAAAUGAAAUUGGGUAAUUAUCAAAUUAACCCUGCAGUUCACUACCCUCCUCACUCUCAAGUUCAACCACAAGAAGUUGCUUAUUCGGGUCAUCAUGGACAACCGGUUCCGGUUUAUUAUAUUCAAGGUUCGGUUCAACCCGGGAAUGUGCCGGUUCAGCAGGUUCAUAUGCAAGGACAUUAUCCUCCCUAUGUUCAACAACCGUAUCAUGCGGUUAUGCAAGCUCAGGUUCCAAUUGGGUAUCAUCAUAUGGUUCCGGGUUCGGGUCAAGUGUAUGGGGCGGGUAUGAGGCAUAUGGCUCCGGUGCAGCCCUACAGUCCUACCGCGGUGGUUCACGACGGUUUAAAACAGCAAGUGUAUCAAGGUGUGCAGAACCCAGGUCCCGUUCCGGUUUACCAGGCGAUGCCCCCGGUGACAGGUGGGGAUGAACAGCAGAGAGGUGGAGCGGGUCGGGGCACCAACUCGCCGCAUAAUUGACCGGGUUUUGAUUGAUUGCUGAAUGGUGAGGAUGCUGCUCUCACAGCCUCCGUUAUUUGGUGCAUUUGGAAGGAACGUAAUAAUUGCAUAUGGAACAAUGUAACCGACGUGCAAAAACUGCUAUGUUAAAUAAUUGGUGUGCUGUCAACAUGGUUAGACGUGAUUUGCGGGAAUAGCAGCUGAAUACAGAUUUCAGUUGAAAGAAACCUGUUAGCGGACGUGUUAAAUGCAAUGUUGAUCCAUCGCUAUCAUCUCAUCUUAAUUGAGUAGGUAUCUAAGUUUGUAUUCGUGACGAGUUUGGUGUUUAUGUGUGGGCUAAAUAUGAUCGAUAUUCACCUAUUUGUGACGUCCAGGUUGGUGAAACACUUGGUUCACUAUCAACACUCAAGUCAAGUGGAUUCAUGAUAAAUAUUCCCCUAUUUAUGAUCAACAUUCAUCUAUGUAUGAUCAGUAUUUACAUAUUUUCUAGGAGCAUAUCUAAUAAUAGUUAUAAUGGUACUCUGAAUCUUGUUUAGAAUUCCUUGUUACCUUUGAAAAUUUCAUUGUUUGCUUGGAGAUUAUUUCCAGAUAGGUUGACUACCAAAGUCAACUUGGUCCAUAGGAAUGUGAUUGGUGCUGAUCAGUCUCAUUUUGUGUUCGGCUGCAGAGAAAUUGAAAGCUCCCAUCAUCUCUUUUUUUGGCUGUCCGACGGCAUCCAACUGACUUGGUGUUUCUACCACGUGUCCGAGAGUUGCGCUCAUUUUUGCUCAAUUCAAAGGACUUUUGAAUCUCGGAGAAGUGUUCAGGCCGUCAACAUUUGUUCUGUUAUGGUUCGCUUGUGGUUGGCCGAUUUGAAAAUCUCGCAACAAGGCAACAUUCAAAGGUGAAGUUCGGAAGAUGUCAAAGUUUUAGUGUGGAGUUGGCUAAAGGCUAUAAGGUUAAAGGAUUCAAAUAUGGAUUUACGGAGUGGAGUGCUUAUCCUUUAAAUAGGUGGUAUAGUUAUCUCAUCUGUUGUUAUGGGCGAUUGGUUGGAUAAAUUUGUUACCAACUUUGUGUUGGUUUGGAGUGUUGUUGGCUUGGGAUUGUAUUGUUGUUGCAUACCUUGUGCUGGUUUUUCAAUAAUAUUCCUUCCUUUUACCUUUUGAAAAAAAAUUGGAUUCAUGAAUUGACUUUAGGUCAAGUAGACUUUGACCUAGAUUCUAAACUAGUGGAG